UUGUGUUUGAGUUUCUUCUCCCCAGUCACUGGCUCUACCUCUUCUGCCACAAACGUCAGCGUAGCAGAAUCUGUCAGCCCUUUGUCCAGUAAGAGAGCAGAAAUGAACAUCCUAGAAAUCAACCAGGAAUUGCGCUCACAGCUGAAAAUGAGCGAACAGCAGUUCCGAGACCUCAAAGAGAAAUUUCUUGUCUCUGAAGCUCCUGCCUACUGUCUGACCAACCAGUUACAGAAAUACAAGUGUGAGGAGCAUAAAGGCAUCACAGAAUCUGUGCUGGGGGAGAAGAUGCAGUUCAAGGAGGAGAAGCUGGCAGAGAAGUCGACACAAGCUGAGGAGCUCAGGCGAUACAAAGCCUUAGUUCACUCUCAGGCACUAGAGCUGACCCAGUUGAGGAAGAAGUUACGGGAAGGGAGAGAGGCCUCCCUCUUACUCAGUCAGCAUCUCAAGGCCCUUCUCACUGAUGAUGACCCUGACAACCACCAGGGGCAGGACCUCCGAGAGCAGCUGGCUAAGGGGCGCAGGCUGGCAGAGUGCCUUGUCUGCAAGCUCAGCCCAGAAAAUGAUGAAGUUGGGAAUGAAGAUGCUAAAGAUGAGAAAGUUGAAAAAGUCCAAGGACCACUUGCCUCCAGGGAGGUACAGGAGACUGAAGAAAAGGAAGUCCCUCAGAACUCACUGGAGGAAUAUCCUGCCACUUGUUCAAUUUGUCAUGACCCUUCUGACUCCCACUGGCCUCAGAGGAGUGCCAGAAUCACAUCCGAGGAAGAGAAAGUCAGCUUUGCUCUGGUUGUAUGCAGUGAAUCUUCACAUUACGAAGGAGAGGAGGAAGUGCUAAACAUUCUCCCAGAAAAUCAAAAUGAUAAUGAGGAAGAGGAAGGGAAACAGUCAGUGUCCCCCAGAAGCACCUUGUACUCAUUUGAGAAACAGCAAGUCUGCUUGGCUCUUGAUGGGGGAGGAGUGCUCCACUGUGAAUGUGAUAAACAUCCAAGUGAUGUCUCAGACCAUGCCUGUGUCAUCCUGGGCCCACUAUCAAGAUAUUGGACCCAAGACAGAUGUGACAAAUUCACACCGACCUGUGCAGCAUAUUUCCAAGAGGUGUCUUCUUCUUCACUCACCAGGCCCAGCAGGCAGCUGCUGGAGGUAAAAGAGCUCAGUGUCACAGAGGACUCACUGGAUGAAAGUUACUUGACUCCUUCGAUUGAAUAUGACCUAUGUGACUGCCACCAGACUUACAAUAGCACCUUGUGCUCAUUGGAGGAACAGCUCACCUGCUGUGCUCUGGAUUCAGCCUUUCCCACCCAGGAGGCCUGUCCCCAAGGGCCUUGGAGUGGAGACUUGAGCCACCACCUGUCAGAGGUGCAAUCUUCACAUGCACAGCUGGAGCCAAGCACCCUGGUGCUCAGUUGUGUGCAAUUGCAGCUGGAUCAAUGGUUUGAUUAUGGCUAUAGCAUGGCCAGGCAGGGCCCUUCUUCCACCACCUGGACCUUCACAGCCAAAACUGAUUCUGGGAACCAAUGGCCCUUCCAAGAGCUGGGUUUGGAGCCUUCCCUUGGAAUGAAGAACCCUCCCCAACUGGAGGGUGAUGAUCUCGAAGGUCCAGCUGACAACACGCAUGGGUGUCAAGUCAUUGGCCACGUCCAUGCCUCAAGUGUCCUGAAACAGAUUAUCAAAAGAAAACUGCUGUUGAGCAAGUUCAGACUGGCAUGCAGAUUCCCUCGCCUUCAAGCUUAAGAUAUCAACUACUGUUGGAAUUAGGGAAAGAAUAAAAAUAAGCCACCAAAAGUAGCUUUUCCACCUGAUGAAAAUACCUAAAACCGCAAAUCAAGUAUAAGAAUGUAAUAUUGAUUUAACAUACAACCUUCAACAAAAAUAAAGUUUAUACAACUCACUAGGAAAUAAAAUGCAUGUAGAAUUUA